UUAGUCAGUGCGACAAGUAAAAAAAAACUACACCCACUAGAGUGCAUGUGGCUCCGAUCCACCACUGCAAUCAACUCUAGGUUGGCUCAACCAAUUAUAAAUGUUGCAUGCCUUAUCAACAUCCUUGGUAUAUAUUCGAAUUCUUGAUUGUUCUCUUACUACUAAUUAUUGGUUGUAUGUUUGAUUUGUUAUAAACACUUUUAUUAAUAGAUUUAUUGUGAUAGGUGCGAUACCAAGUGAAAUUGGUAAUUUGCAAAACCUAGAGAUUUUCGUUUUGCAAUGUAACAAUUUUGUUGGCACAAUUCCAUCCGAGAUCUUCAAUAUCUCAACAAUGCAAGAAAUCGCAUUAGUGCAAAAUCACUUCUCAGGCACUCUUCCAUCAGAUAUGGGCAUCUUCCUUCCAAAUCUCAGUGGGAUUUAUUUUGGGGGGAAUGAACUUAGUGGAACGAUUCCAGCCUCUAUUUGCAAUGCUUCACAGCUAAUUAAAGUCGACUUGUCAGGGAACUCAUUCUCGGGCUUAAUUCCAAAAACACUUGGUAAUUUAAGGCUCCUCCAAGUGCUUAGCCUCAGAUUCAAUAAUUUGACCAUUGAAUCUUUAGAAUUGAGUAUUUUUUCAUAUUUUUUGAACCACGCAUAUCUCAAAAUAUUGUUUCUGUCUAUGAAUCCACUAAAUGGAGUCCUUCCUAGUUCCAUUGGAAACCACUCGAUCUAUCUUGAACAACUUGAUCUCACUGGUUGCAAUAUUAAGGGCAACAUUCCCAUAGAUAUUGGCAAUUUAAGUAGAUUGACAUAUAUGUCCCUGGGCAACAAUGAUAUCUCUGGACCUAUUCCAACUACAAUAGGAAGAUUAAGCAUGCUCGAACGUUUGGGCCUUUUUGAUAAUAGGCUAAAAGGUCCAAUCCCAUCUGAUAUAUGUUACUUAGGGAGAUUGGGAGAUUUAGAUUUAGCUGGAAACAAGCUAUCUGGGCAGAUUCCUGAAAGCAUAAAUAAUAUGACUUCAUUAAGAUUUCUCAACUUAGCCUUCAACCAAUUAACUUCAAGGAUUCCUUCGAGCUUGUGGAGGCAGAGAGAUCUCUUGAUGGUCGACUUGUCAUCCAAUUCCCUAAGUGGCUCUCUUUCAUUAGAUAUUGGAAAUAUAAAGGUCCUGACAAUAUUGAAUUUAUCAAGAAAUCAACUAUCCGGUCAUAUUCCAGAAACAAUUGGUGGGCUCAUAUCCCUAGUCAAUCUCUCUUUGGCAGUCAAUCAAUUAGAGGGCUCCAUUCCUAUAUCUUUUGGCGGAUUAAUAAGCUUGGAGUUGUUAGAUCUUUUUGGUAACAACUUAUCUGGAGAGAUACCCAAGUCCUUAGAAGUGCUAAGGUACCUCAAAUAUCUAAAUGUCUCCUACAAUAAACUACGAGGAGAAAUUCCAACACGGGGACCAUUUGUUAACUUCUCAGCUGAAUCAUUCAUGUCAAAUGAUGCACUUUGUGGUGUGAUUAGACUGAAUGUUCCUCCAUGCAAAGAAGCUUCUCUUGGAUCGAGAAAGGCAAUGAGGGUGCGUAUACUAAAAUAUGUACUGCCUACAUUGGGGUUAACGAUACUUGUAGUAUCUGUUGUACUAGUCUCAAGAAAACUCCAUGGAAAGAAGAAUGCAAAACUUUCCAACAACAAAGACUCAAUACCUUUAUCAACAUGGAGAAGAAUUUCACACCAACAACUUUUACAAGCAGCAGAAGGGUUUAGUGCAAACAACUUACUUGGAGAAGGGAGUUUCGGCUCAGUUUAUAAAGGGACACUCUUAGAUGGUACAUACAUUGCAAUAAAAGUUCUAAAUUUGGAACUAGAAGGUGCAUUCAAAAGUUUUGACAUAGAAUGCGAGAUAUUACGACAAGUUCGUCAUCGAAAUCUUGUCAAAAUCAUUAGCGUUUGUAGUAACAUUGACUUCAAAGCACUUGUUUUGGAAUACAUGUCUAAAGGGAACCUAGAGAUGUGGUUGUAUUCUAACACCCAUUGCUUGAAUAUGCUACAAAGACUUAAUAUAAUGAUUGAUGUGGCAACAGCACUUGAAUACCUUCAUCUUGGUUAUUCAACACCUAUCAUUCAUUGUGAUUUGAAGCCAAGCAAUGUCUUAUUAGAUGAAGAUAUGGUAGGACAUGUUGCUGAUUUUGGCAUUGCCAAACUCCUAAGUGAUGGAAUUUCUUUCACGCAAACAAUGACAAUGGCUACAAUUGGGUAUAUGGCACCAGGUGAGGUCAGCUACUAUUUUUAUCAUUCUAGUCUCGCAUAGAUACAUAAAUGUUCUAUUUUGGUAACAUAUGGAUCAACCUUCAAACUUAAUUUUUUUGGAUUAUCGUAUGUGAAAUAUCUUUCUCAUGAUAUGUUUUAAUGUGUGUAGAGUAUGGAUCUGAUGGAAUUAUUUCUACAAGCAGUGAUGUGUAUAGCUAUGGAAUAUUAUUGAUGGAAACUUUCACAAAAAAGAAGCCCACUAAUCAUAUGAUUAUCGGAGAAAUGAGCUUAAAGCAUUUAGUAGAGGAAUCAUUUUUGGUUUCGAUACUUGAAGUUAUUGAUGCCAAUUUGUUGAGCAAUGAAAAUGACUAUGCUGCUAUGGAGACCUGCUUAUCAGCAACUAUGGACUUGGCUUUGCAUUGUUGUGCAGAUUUGCCUGAACAGAGGAUCGAUAUAAAAAAUGUUUUAGCUAAACUUAACAAGAUCAAAUUAAAGUAUCUACAUGAUCA